GUCAAAACAAGCGCAACAUCUUGCAAGUUGCAAGAGAAAUUUGCACUCUCCUUUUCUUCUGCCCUUCAUUUUCAAAGUUCAAACUUAAACCCUUCCCCCCCACACCCCCCCCACACACACAAACAACAUUUCAAAAUUAGUACCAAACCCAACAUUUGAUUUUUUCAUCUUCAUCCCUGUGUUUGAAUUUUCAGAGAUCGUUCUCGGCUUUUACAUUUCAUUUUAUUGGAUCUGAGCCUCAUUACAUGCUUUGGGCUUUACACAGCAUACAGUGAAUCGAACGAACCGAUUGAAAUCAAUGCAAUGGCGUCUGAAAACAUUGGAGUGGAGAUAGAGGCGUCAGAGGAAAACGAGUUUUCAUCGGGGAGGGGUUUGGGUGGGCGCAAGUACCGGCCAGUAUUUGCUCACGACCAUGAUCGAGCCGUUCUUGAGAUGUCCUCGAUUGACCCUAGUGUCCAUCCAUCUUCUUCAGCUUCUAUGAAUGGCGCCAGUGAUCUCAAAAAAGUUGUGGGAGCAAGUAAGGGUUCUGAGGGAAGUGAUGGGCGAUUACCUAAUCAUGGAGUUGCCAAUGGUGGUCAGAAUGAUUCCAAAUUGGAAUUGUUUGGUUUUGACUCACUCGUUAAUAUUUUGGGGCUCAAAAGUAUGGCAGGUGACCAGAUUCAAGCACCAUCCAGUCCUAGAGAUGGAGAUGAUGCAUCAAUUCAGCGCCCACAGGCCAACAGUGUUAAAUUGGGGACUAUGAUGGGUGUGUUUGUCCCUUGUCUACAAAACAUUUUAGGGAUUAUUUACUACAUCAGGAUCGUGGGUAUGGCUGGGAUUGGUCAAUCAUUGUUGCUGGUUGCUUUCUGUGGUUCAUGUACUUUCCUUACAACUAUAUCUUUGAGUGCAAUAGCUACUAAUGGCGCAAUGAAGGGAGGGGGACCCUAUUAUCUUAUUGGUCGUGCCCUGGGUCCGGAGGUUGGAGUGAGCAUUGGUUUAUGUUUUUUCCUUGGAAAUGCUGUUGCUGGUGCACUUUAUGUUUUGGGAGCUGUGGAGACAUUCCUAAAUGCUAUACCUCAGGCUGGAAUUUUUAGAGAGGAGACUUUUGUAAGGAUAAAUGGCACAGACAUCGCACAACCUAUUACCAGCCCAAGUUUACAUGACUUGCAAGUUUAUGGGAUUAUUGUGACAAUCAUCCUAUGCUUCAUAGUGUUUGGUGGAGUAAAAAUGAUCAACAGAGUUGCACCAGCUUUUCUUUUACCUGUGUUGUUCUCUUUGUUCUGCAUAUUUGUGGGGAUAUUCCUGGCAAGGGAGAAUUAUCCUACAGGUCUGUUGACCACUGCUAGACUUAUAUGUGUUCCAACAAAUGGUACAGAUGGAAUCACUGGCUUGAGAUUGGAAUCUUUUAAGGACAACUGGAGUUCGGAUUAUCAAAUGACAAACAAUGCUGGAAUACCAGAUCCUAAUGGGAAAAUAUACUGGAGUUUCAAUGCAUUGGUUGGUCUCUUUUUCCCUGCUGUAACGGGGAUUAUGGCAGGUUCAAACCGGUCCGCCUCACUUAAGGACACCCAGCGUUCCAUUCCUGUCGGGACUUUAGCUGCAACUUUAACAACUUCAGGUCUAUAUCUCGUUUCAGUGCUGUUUUUCGGAGCUCUUGCCACCAGGCAGAAACUUCUGACAGACAGCCUAACCGGUGCCCCUCGUCUUCUAGCGGCAAUAGCCAAUGAUGACAUCUUACCCGUUCUUAAUUAUUUUAAGGUGGUGGAUGGGAGUGAGCCCCACAUUGCUACUCUUUUCACAGCCUUCCUCUGUAUUGGAUGCGUCGUUAUUGGCAAUCUGGAUCUUAUUACCCCAACCGUAACAAUGUUUUACCUUCUUUGCUACGGUGGAGUGAACUUGUCUUGUUUCCUUUUGGAUCUUCUGGAUGCUCCCAGCUGGCGCCCUCGGUGGAAAUUUCACCAUUGGAGUAUCUCCCUUGUCGGAGCACUAAUCUGUAUAGUUAUUAUGUUCUUGAUUUCUUGGACGUUCACCGUGGUUUCUCUUGCUCUGGCAACUCUCAUAUAUUACUACGUAAGUAUCAAAGGGAAAGCUGGGGAUUGGGGAGAUGGUUUCAAGAGCGCCUACUUUCAACUUGCUCUCCGUAGUCUACGGUCUUUAGGAGCAAGCCAAGUGCACCCUAAAAACUGGUACCCAAUCCCUCUCGUAUUCUGCCGGCCAUGGGGCAAGCUCCCGGAGAACGUCCCGUGCCACCCGAAAUUGGCCGAUUUUGCGAAUUGCAUGAAGAAGAAAGGCCGUGGGAUGUCCAUAUUCGUGUCCAUCAUCGACGGUGACUAUCACGAGCUGGCAGAGGAAGCCAAAUCCACAUGCCGGGCCCUCAGCACUUACAUAGAGUACAAACGUUGCGAAGGAGUAGCCGAGAUUGUGGUGGCCCCCACAAUGUCUGAUGGCUUCCGAGGCAUCGUUCAGACAAUGGGCCUCGGCAACCUGAAGCCCAACAUCGUUGUCAUGCGCUACCCGGAAAUAUGGCGCCGGGAGAAUCUGACCGAGAUUCCUGCCACUUUUGUCGGGAUCAUUAACGAUUGUAUUGUUGCUAAUAAAGCUGUUGUUAUAGUCAAGGGGCUUGAUGAGUGGCCGAAUGAGUACCAGAGGCAAUAUGGGACGAUCGAUUUGUAUUGGAUUGUGAGGGAUGGUGGUCUCAUGCUCUUGCUUUCUCAGUUGCUCUUGACGAAGGAGAGCUUCGAGAGCUGUAAGAUUCAGGAGGAUUCUGAUGCUGAGGAGCUUAAGGCUGACGUGAAGAAAUUCCUGUACGACCUCCGAAUGCAAGCUGAGGUGAUUGUGAUCUCUAUGAAGUCGUGGGAUGCAAGAGCGGAGAAGCAGGAUGACUCAAUGGAGGCUUUUAGCAGUGCUCAAGAGAGGAUUUCAGAUUAUUUGGCAUCUAUGGAAAAAAGAGCCGAGCAGGAGGGUACACAUGGGCUAAUGGUGAACGAGCAACAAGUGGAGAAGUUUCUGUACACGAUGCUGAAGCUAAACUCGACUAUCUUGAAAUACUCUAGAAUGGCGGCAGUUGUGCUCGUCAGCCUUCCACCGCCGCCGCUAAACCACCCGUCGUAUUUUUACAUGGAAUAUAUGGACUUGUUGGUCGAG